AUGGAAUCUACCGACAGACUAUUUCCAUUCAAAGGAAGCGACUCAGAAUACAUUAAAUAUCUGGAAUCCAUGCUCUUGGAGGUCCGACCUUCUGGCCACCCUUCUUCUCGACCAAGCAGCCACCAAAUUGCCCUUACUCCCCGGUCUGGACAGUCGAACUUCGUUAAUUUAUCCCAAAAUUCCUUUCCCCCAAAGUCUACCAAAGGCAAAAUUUCAAAACCAUCUCAGAAGGUACCCCAGUGGGAGUUGGAAUUAAGACGGUUUCUUUCGUCAGUUCCUUCGGCGCGGAACUGGACAAAAGCCAGAGAGACGACGGGCUUCGCCACUGUGGAUAGAAACAGACUUGCUAUUCAGAUUCUGCUCGGAAGACCGGCAAGCUCCGUUCCCAGUUUCAGUUUCCAAGAUUCAGACACGCCGUUACUUCUUCCUACGGAUGAGGAAGACUUGAUCAACCGAGGCUGUGAAUAUGGACGGUUUGUAGUGCGCUCCGUGGAUGAUGGCAAAUUCGCGGUACGGGUGUCAAAAUAUCAGCAACUGAUAUUUGUGUGUUAUUGUACUGUUCUCAUUCACGUGGGGAAUUCGAAAGAAACAGUCAAUUGGAUGAUGCGGCGCUUCAUCAGUGAUACAGAUGAUAAAAACCUCGAAAGGCAUCGUUCGGGUUGUUUGUGGGUGAACCGAUGUAUAGCAGGGUUAUUAGAGCAGAGAUGGGGUUAUAAAAGUUGGGAGUUGUUUAUCUUAUUCGCACAAUCUGUACAUCAGUACGGUCGAUUUGCGGACAACAAGAAGAGUAUGGGAUAUUUCACGCGGUCAAUGGGCGAGGGGGAAACGCCAAUCUUUGAAGAGGGGUGGGUCCCUUACUGCAUUCCUUGCAUCGUCAAGUUCAUAGCGGGCGAUAAGAUUGAGUAA